GCCCCUAAAGGGACAUAAAAUUUUUUUUAGAUAUGUUUCUUGUGCGCACGAGAAAAUUUCAAGUGCUCACGAGAAAAUUUCUAGUGCUCACUAGAACAUUUCAAGUGCUCACGAGAAAAUUUCUAGUGCUCACUAGAACAUUUCUAGUGCUCACGAGAACAUUUCUAGUGCGCACGAGAAAAUUUCUUGUGCGCACGAGAUACUACUUUUUCGUGCGCACAAGAAAACAUCUCGUGAGCAUGAGAUCAACAUAAUCAACAGUAGGAGUUGUUCUUGCUGUGAUUAAGCCUCCAAGACAAGCACAAAGGAUGGCAGCAGAAGUAGAUUUAUUGUCGUUCCUGAAAAUGCGGAAUAUACCUGAUAGUGUCAUCAACCAACUAAAAGAUGACAAGGUGAGGAUAAUUGUUAACUUUCACAUAAAGUAAGCAAUAGCCUACAUUUAAUGUUGCUAGCUUUCUGGAGGCAGUGUAAUUUUGCAAACGUUUGCCUUGCAUUUUACAGAUCGACAUCAACGUCAUAGGUGUUAUGACAGAUGAGGAGUUAAGCCAGUAUAUCGUAAGAUAUGGGGACCGACUUGCACUCAGAGCAUUUUGUCGUCAAAGAACUGUGACAAACGAAGAGUCGGGAGGAGUAGAGACAGUGAAGUCCGCUCUCAUGCAGAAAUUAAGAGACAGAUUAAGAACUCCUGCUAACAGUGACACACAAGGCCCCGGUAUUGGCAAUAAAAAUGCAGCCAAAGUCACCCGGCGGGUUGAUAUGGGAUGGCUCCACUUUGAGAGCGGAACUUAUCACCAGGUCAGAACGAGAAAAGGAGGAGGAACACGGAAUCUGUCGGUCCAGAAAUCAGUGACUAUGGGUGAACUGGUGGAGACAGGCAAAGGCUUGUUUUUUCCAAAUGGGCAUUCAUCCAAAGGACCAUUGGAAGACUUCGAGUUUGACAUUUGUGAUUACAGUCACAAUUCUGUGCCCCAUGAAGUCACGGUGGGCCAGCUGUAUGAACAGACUAAACUACGAAUGCUGUGCAUCUACGCAACAACCAAGGCUAAAGACAUUAAACUCCUCUCAGAUGAAUCAUCAGACUUCGAGCCAACACAUAAGAGGCCAAUGAAGGCUAGGACAAUGAAGACACGAUCCUUGAGGAACAAGACCAGCAGACGUCAUCAAGUGGAUCAUCCAGAGAGCUCCUCUGAUUUAGAUCUAGCUCCCAGUGGCUCAAUGCAGAAAAACAAUGAAAAAAGAGGAGAGACAAUCAGCCAAUCAAGAUCAGCAACUCCUGAGAUGGGUAACACAGAGGUCCUGCAUCCACGACCUUCUGAUGAUGUUGGCAGUCAUACUCAGCAGUCAACAAGAAGGCAUGGAUCUGAAGAUGACUGUUUAAAGCCUGUGCCAAAUCAAGAUGCAGACCAGUUGUUUAAGUUGCAGGCCUGUAGCACACACAUGUGGAGCAGUUCUUGAGUUACCAUACACCUACAGCUCAUACCCUGAGUUUCGUAAAGAAUUUGAUAAUGUCUUGUCUGGCGACUGCUUUACAAUGGAUAUUGUGUAGUGAAUGCAAAGGAUCUUGCACAUCCCUCUUCUACACUGAUAUUAUUAUGGCAUUUGUCUGAAGCAAAACUGUUUCUACAGAUUUACAUUUAUUUAGAUUUAAAUCCUUGAAGCAUUGUUCAUUUAUUGUUCUUAUUAAAACAGAAACAGUUGACAUUUUUUGAUUUUUGAUUUUCUUAUUGUAAAUGAUUUUUCUGUAAUUUGUUAGUACACUGAGAUUACCAUUUCAAAUGGCUGUUUUUCUUUGAGCCUCAUAUGGUAAAUAUACUGACAGUUAACUACGAAGAGCAUAAUAUUCUCAAAUAAAUAUUCAGUUCCUCUUUCAUGUCCUGCCUUGUUGUUUCUCUUUGUAGUCAGUGUGCAUAUAGUGACAUAUCAAUCCUUUUUGCCCCUCAAUAUUGCUGCAAAUGUUCUUAAUGUCUGUGGCAUAGCACUGUUCCAGUGUAGUCAGUGUGCACAUGUUGUACCCCUGAAUAAUCUGAAUAAUAAUCCAUCUCAAAUUAGAGAGCAGAUGUUAUCGCAUUCCUCAAAUGCAGGUACAAAUCCAAUGCUUGAUAAGCAUCAGCUGGAAGAUGCAGCUGUGACUCUGCCAUCAGAAUGCUGCAGAUGUUGUAGAUGUCUGUGUCACAUGGCACUGCUGGUCGAAAUGUGCAAUUACUCUGACACAACUGUGCAUCAGCUCUGUCCACUGGGGAAAUGCAGUCAUAAGUUGUGUAGAGUUCUGGGAACAUGUACAUGAUUCGGGGGCGACCACUGGGCACCCUGUCAUUCUUUGAUGGUCUGAUGACAUGUGAAUCCCACACAUGGAUGGUCUCGUCCAAUUCAUCCUGGAAAAACAGUAUAGAGAGAAAGAAAAGUUAAUUAAUAUGCAAUUUGUUAUUCACAUCAUGCGCUCCUUAAGUAAGUUAUGAGAUGACUUGAAAUAAAUCAUGUUAAAUCUUGAAGUUUUUGAUGAAGUUAGGAGAAAUUGAGUGGAAAAGGACCAGCAUAAAUAAUUUAAUAAAUUAAUAAAAAUAAAUUAAUAAAAACAGUGUUUGCUGCCCACUAUGCUUGUACUGGGGGAAAAAUCACUAUUAUAUGAUGAGACGUUAUUUCAUGCGGAUAGUUAAAUGAGUGAAGUUGUCACAACUCUUCUUCUGUAUGUCUGUGUCUGUAUGGAGACAGCUCUACCCGCUGAGAGAGAUUAGACUACAGGACACUGGUGAAGUGAGUUUCAGGGUGAAUAUUUAAUACUGUUGAACCCACAAUGAAUAUCCGAACAGAUGUCAAAAGUUCAACCUAAAACUAACUUCACCACCGUGCUGUUGUCGAAUGAAGACAGAAAUCAUCAGAUCAAUUUUAUGAUUGUUUCACAGCGGUAACGCUCAACAUAAUACAUCUAGAAGUCGAGUGUUAAGUAAAGACAGAUUAUAGUUAUUUGAAGAAACGCGAUCAAGAAGAAGAUACACCAAGCAACAAAAAUAAAAUAGCUUUAGGCUUUUGCUAAAAAUUUUCAGAUGUAACUAAAAUCUUGAUCAUGAAUUUUACAUAAGUAACUGUAAAUUAAUAGGCCUAAGCCUAAACAUUUUUCUCCAGUAAUGUAACGGAUUACAAUUUUGUUUAUUUUGUAAUUAAAUUAGGCCUACCUAACCCCCCAACACUGAUUAUGAAUUAAUAGGCUAUUGUAGGACACCGAUGACAGUGAUUAAGAAGACAGAUGGACAUGAUGAGACACGAGUCCUAAUAUUCACAACCAGUGUCCGCUCAUGGGAGGAUGUUAAAAGAAAAAACGAACAUUUGUGGGCCUCAAUUUAGGAUGAAAAUAGAUAUAACAAUGCAUUAUAGCUUACCUGAAUGAUACUCAUAAAGCAGAACUGAAUUAGACCUCGGUCCAAAUAUGUCCCACCGAACAAACCAUGGUCCUUCAGGUCAGUGAACAGAGAGAUGUAGAACUCCAUUGAUUCCUUUCUGAGGAAACCCCACCAACUCUCUGCGCUGAUUUGCUGUGCUUGCCCCUUCGAUGUAGCUGUCAAUAUCAGAGCCGUCAUGAAUGUUACGACGGAGAAAAUGCUGAAAGUCUCUGACUUUAACAUUUUCAGUGCCCCGGUCGCCUCUGACAAUUCUUGGACAACCACCGAAUUUCUGGACUGCCUCCAUAUAGUAGCCUCCAAUGAUUUUUGGGUCACUGCUGGUCUUAAAUGCAUUCAUCCAGAUCAUUUUCCGGGAAAAUCCGUCAAUACAGCCGUUUAUACAGAUACCAAAUGGUUUCAGUUUGUCAUAAGAGUCAAAGUGCCAAAUAUAAUUGGGCCCUUUUGCAAAAUAGUUUCGACGAUGGAGCCGCCUCCUUCCUCUGAGUUCAACACCCCUUGGGUCAAGUUCUUUAAGAAUUAAGCGUACCUCUUCUUUCUUGAUGUGUAAUCCAUUCUCCUUGCAUUUAGUGUACAUCCACCUAUACCCACACAGCUGGCCACUUGUUUGUAACUGUUGGUGAAUGAAAUCAACCACACGAUCCAAAGGGGUGUAUCCCUUGCGCCGAAACAGACUACAUGCUUUCAAAAUUCGUUUUAAAUGUCUUUCAGACACAACAUAGCGAUGACGACUUGCAAGCAAAGCAGCAAUGUCCUUACAAUGAAGUCCUAGUUCGAAAUACAGCCGAAUUAACUCCUGAACUGGCAUUUUCACACAGACCACAAACCAAAUGCAGUGGAUCUCCCACAAAACAUGCGCGCGCAUCCAAUGCUUUCUCGUGCGCACGAGAACAUUUCGUGUGAGCACGAGAACAUCUCGUGUGAGCACGAGAUGUUUUCUUGUGCGCACGAAAAAGUAGUAUCUCGUGCGCACUAGAAAUGUUCUCGUGAGCACUAGAAAUGUUCUCGUGAGCACUAGAAAUUUUCUCGUGAGCACUAGAAAUGUUCUCGUGAGCACUAGAAAUGUUCUCGGGCGCACUAGAAAUUUUCUCGGGCGCACUAGAAAUUUUCUCGUGAGCACUAGAAAUGUUCUCGGGCGCACUAGAAAUUUUCUCGUGAGCAUUAGAAAUUUUCUCGUGCGCACGAGAAACGUAUCUAAAAAAAAAAAAUUCCCCAUGUCCCUUUAGGGGCUCCGUAAAUAAGACUGCAAAACUUUAACUAACUUAUAGCCUGGAUUUGAAAAUUACUGUAAUGAUGGGGAAUUCAAAGCAGGAAAACAAACAAACAAACAAACAAA